CUCCUUCGAACAAACUGAGCAACAAGCUGAAGAAAUCCGAUGGUUUCUGUAAAAUCCCUAGUGUACAUCAUCAUCUUCAUCAUUAUCAGACAAAAUAUUCCUGUGGCUGACAAGGAGUGCAGCGUUGCUUUUCCGUUCUAGUGGAUCCAAGUUACUUAGCCUGAGUCUGAGGGACCCAAAUUAAUUGUCUCCUCUAAGCUCUAGUCUUAAUCCAAGGUUAGUCAAUCUAAUCUUUUGUUAAGAUUUAACUUGAUUUAUGUUGUCUUUUGUGGACUUAUGAACACCUCAACUAAUAGUUAUGUUUCAGAAAUUCCGCUGCAUACUCACCUCAACACACUUUACAAAAUUUAAAAUUCCGAACUCAUUGCAUAGAAAUUUUCAUUUUGAGUCAAAAGUGGGUUUUAAUCCACAAAAUCAACUAUCAACUUCAGAACCAAAAACUUCUCUAAACUAUGUGGGAAUUUUCUGGGAUUUGGACAAUAAACCCCCAAAAGCAUUCCCGCCAUUUGAAGCUGCUGUUAAGCUUAAAAAGGCCUUGUCUUCAUUUGGAGUUGUAAGUUACAUGGUAGCAUAUGCUAAUAGCCAUGCUUUUAGUUAUGUUCCUGAAGUUGUAAGAGAGCGAAGGAAAGAAAGAAAAUUGUUGAACCAAUUGGAAAAGAAGGAGUUGAUUAAGCCUGUUGAGCCAUAUUUAUGUCGUGUUUGUGGGAGAAGAUUUUAUGCUAAUGAGAAGCUUGUUAACCAUUUUAAGCAAAUUCAUGAGCGCGAACACAAGAAGAGGUUGAAUCAGAUAGAAUCAGCCAGAGGGAAGAGGAGACUAAAUUUGGUUGCUAAGUAUUCAAUGAAGAUGGAAAAAUAUAAACGAGCAGCAAGGGAUGUUUUGACUCCGAAGGUGGGGUAUGGUUUGGCAGAUGAGUUGGAAAGAGCAGGAUUUUGGGUUAGGAUGGUAUCAGAUAAGCCACAAGCUGCAGAUGUUGCGUUGAGGAAUCAUAUUGUGGAGAUGAUGGAUAAAAGGAAGAUUGAGUGUUUGGUUCUUGUAUCUGAUGAUUCAGAUUUUGUGGAGGUAUUGAAGGAGGCCAAGUUGAGGUGUCUGAAGACAGUUGUCGUUGGUGAUAUAAAUGAUGGGGCAUUGAAGAGAGUUGCUGAUGCUGGUUUCUCUUGGAGGGAUAUUUUGAUGGGAAAGGCAAAGAAGGAGGCUGUAUCAGUUGUUGGGAAAUGGAAGGACCAGAAUAUUUUAAAGAGGUUGGAGUGGACAUAUAAUCCGGAGGUGGAAAAGAACAGAUAUCAAUCGGAUGAUGAUAUUGUUGAUGAUAAUCACACGGAUUGUAUCAAGAAGGAAGAUGACGGUGCUUGGUGGGAGUUAGAAUCUUCUGAUGCAGACGCCACUUCUUAA